AUUUUAUGCAUUUAGAUAGUUUUGGUCGUUUGCCAGACAGUUUAACCUGCAGCUAAUAGUCAAUUUUAAACUUCCUAAUAAUAUUUAAAAUAUAAAUUAAUAACAUUAUAAAUUCACAAUGGGUAACGAAAGUUCUCUACCUAUGGAACUGUGCUCAAACUUCGAUGUGGACGAAAUUAGAAGAUUGGGAAAACGUUUUCGGAAGCUAGAUUUAGACAACAGUGGGGCAUUAAGUAUCGAUGAGUUUAUGUCAUUACCUGAAUUACAACAAAAUCCUUUAGUUCAACGUGUCAUCGAUAUUUUUGAUGCUGAUGGAAAUGGUGAGGUGGAUUUCAAAGAAUUUAUUCAUGGUGUAUCACAAUUUAGCGUUAAGACAAACAAAAAAAGAAGGAAACAAAAAUAUCAAAUAAUUUUAUGUGGUUUCAAAUGCUUAAUUCCAUAAAUUCAUUAUUAAUAACUAAUUUAUUCGAUAGUUGUACUAAA